AGAAAAAAAAAAACCUAAAAAUAAAAAUCACCAACCCAACCACCACCUUCACCCUCAUCCCCACCGAAUAUAGUCAGCACCACCUCCACCCUCACCGGAGCCACCAAACCCCCUCAUUUGAAACGCCGACCUCCCACCCAAACUGCCGAACCAUCGCCUCCACCCUUUCCACCGCCUAGACCUGAACCCUAACCUCACAAAUCUCUCUCCUUUGACCAUUCCUUCACUAACCUUCGAUCCUCGCCGCUUCGCCAUUGGGUUGGUUAGUUUGGGUCGAGGAGGGAUGGUGGGUUUAGGUUUGAGGUUUCGAUUCUAGGCAGAAGAUGGCGGAAGAUAAAGAGAGAGGGUGGAGGAGAUGGCGGAGAAGAAAGAGAGAGAGAUCGGUGGUUUAGUGGUCUGGAGGUGGUCGUGUUUGGGUUCGAUGGUCGGGGUUCUGAGUUCGACAACCUAGUGGUGGUGACGGUGAGAAGGACGAGAGGGAGAGAGGGUUGUGGGUGGGGAUUUGGGAAUUUGGCUUGGCGGUGGUUGAGGUGGAGUUGGCGCAGUGUCACCAGCGUUCGGGGGAGUCUGGGUAGCGUCGCCGGCAAUCGAUGGAACCUAGGGUAGUGUCGCCGAAAGGGAGAUGGUGGCUGGGCAGGUGGUGGCUGGUUUUUGGUGGUUGGGGUUAAUUUUUUUUAACUUUUUUUUUAUAAAAAAUAUAAUUCUAACCAUAGUUAAUAUUUAAUGAAAUAAGGUUUUGAGUGAGAUAAAAUUUUUAACUAAGGUAAUUUCGUAUAACAAAAAAAGGAGAUCACAGUUGCUGCAUAGGAGAAGUUGGGGUCACCGUUUUCCCUUAUAUCUUCCCUCUUUGUAGCCCGUACUACCAAACGCCCCGUAAUUGCGAUUGAACGUACUGUGUCUUAUCCAUGGCGGUGUCACUGAACCACAGCUGCUACCCUCUUCAUCAUCAACAUCAUCGUCUCCAUUUUCAUUCUCAUUCGUUCUUCCACAUAUCUCUCUCCUCUUCUAUUCCCAACAAAAACUCCAAAUUUCCCAAAUUCAAAAAUAAAUCUUGUCGAAAUCCCAUUUUCAAAAAUUCCCGGCAAAAUCUCGUAAUUCCUCCGAUUUUCAUGCUUGCUCUUUUCGACAGACCUCCCGAUACCCAAACUUUCUUGGUUACUGUCAGCGUCUUGCUUGCAAUUACACUCUCUCUCUUCCUUGGCCUUAAGGGCGAUCCUGUUCCUUGUGAUCGAUGUGCAGGAAAUGGGGGUACAAAAUGCGUAUUUUGCAAUGACGGAAAAAUGAAGACAGAAAAAGGACAGAUUGAUUGCAAAGUCUGCAAGGGUGCAGGUAUGGUACUAUGCAAGAAAUGCGCAGGAUCUGGAUAUUCCAAGAGGCUAUGAGGUGUAUAAAGCUGGUAUCUGCAUCUGCUCUUGGCAAGAAUUUUGGGGAUUGCUCAAUGCCACUAUUGUCAAAAAAAAAUUUCAUACACCUUCGGCAUAUUGCAGUUUCUUCAAUUCUGGAAGUCAAGUCAUAUACAGUUCAUGUUGUUUUAAAUUACUAUUUCAUGAUGGCAGCAUUUACGAGUUUAUGAAUUAUCGGUCACAAUUUGUUUGAUAUUUAUCCAUAGUUGCUAACAAAUUUUAUCAAGUUUCUCAAGAGAGAUAAAUCUAAGGAGUAGUGAUUUAAGAU